AUGGAGUGCGCCCUCCUGCUCGCGUGCGCCCUCCGGGCCGCGGGUUCCGGCCGGCCAUGGAGUCCCGCGAGAAGGGGGCGCCUAGCCAAGGCGCUCCAGCUGUGCUGCCUUUGCUGCGCGUCUGUUGCGACAGCUUUAGCCAGUGACAGCCGCGGUGGUGGCAGCGGAUUAAAUGAUGAUUAUGUCUUUGUCACACCGGUCGAAGUGGAUGCAGGUGGCUCUUAUAUCUCCCAUGACAUUCUGCACAGCGCCAGGCGGAAGCGCUCGGCGCAGGGUGCCCGGAGUUCACUGCACUACCUGUUUUCAGCAUUUGGACAGGAGCUACACUUGGAGCUGAAACCCUCAGCGAUCUUGAGCAAUCACUUUAUUGUCCAGGUACUCGGUAAAGAUGGUGCUUCGAAGAACCAGGAAGCCUCGGUGCAGCGAUGCUACUAUCAGGGAUUUAUCAGAAACGACAGCUCCUCCUCGGUGGCCGUGUCUACGUGUGCCGGCUUGUCAGGUUUAAUAAGGACAGGAAAAAGUGAAUUCCUCAUCUCACCGUUACCUCAGCUGCUGGCCCAGGAACACAACUACAGCUUGCCCGCCGGCCACCACCCUCACGUCCUCUACAAAAGGACAGCGGAGGACAAAGUGCAGCGGUACCAUGCCUACCCCAGCUCCCACCAGAAUUAUGCUGGUCACCCUACAAGUGGCACCCCCCAGGCACCUCAGAAACAGCAGAGAGAUUACCACCAUGGAAGGCUGCACAAGCAGCAUUUUUGUGGACGACGCAAGAAAUAUGCCCCCAAGCCUCCCGUAGAAGACACCUAUCUCCGAUUUGAUGAAUAUGGGAUCUCAGGGCGGCCCAGACGGUCCGCUGGAAAGUCCCAGAAGGGCCUGAAUGUGGAAACCCUAGUGGUAGCAGACAAGAAAAUGGUCGACAAGCAUGGCGUGGGAAAUGUGACCACGUACAUUCUCACGGUCAUGAACAUGGUUUCCAGCUUGUUUAAAGAUGGAACCAUUGGAAGCGACAUAAACAUUGUUGUGGUGAGCCUCAUUCUUCUGGAAGAGGAGCCUGGGGGACUGCGCAUCAAUCACCACGCAGACCAGUCUCUGAACAGCUUCUGUCAGUGGCAGUCUGCUCUCAUUGGGAAGAAUGGCAAGCGGCAUGACCACGCCAUCUUGCUCACAGGCUUUGAUAUCUGUUCCUGGAAGAACGAACCGUGUGACACUCUAGGUUUUGCCCCCAUCAGUGGCAUGUGCAGCAAGUACCGAAGUUGUACCAUUAAUGAGGACACAGGGCUGGGCCUGGCCUUCACCAUCGCUCAUGAAUCAGGGCACAACUUCGGCAUGAUCCACGACGGAGAAGGCAAUCCUUGCAGGAAGGCAGAAGGCAACAUCAUGUCUCCAACACUGAUGGGGAACGAUGGGGUGUUCUCCUGGUCUUCCUGCAGCCGACAGUAUCUCAAGAAGUUCCUAAGUACACCUCAGGCGGGGUGCCUGGUUGAUGAGCCCAAGCAGACAGGACAGUAUACAUAUCCGGACAAACUCCCAGGACAGAUUUAUGAUGCUGACACACAGUGCAAGUGGCAAUUUGGAGCAAAAGCCAAGUUGUGCAACCUUGGUUUGGGGAAGGACAUUUGCAAAUCACUUUGGUGCCACCGAGUGGGUCAGAGGUGUGAGACCAAGUUCAUGCCCGCGGCGGAAGGGACCGUUUGUGGCUUGAGUAUGUGGUGUCGCCGAGGCCAGUGCGUCAAGUUCGGGGAGCACGGGCCCCGGCCUGUGAAUGGCCAGUGGUCCUCCUGGUCGAAGUGGUCAGAAUGUUCAAGGACAUGUGGUGGAGGAGUGCGGUAUCAGGAGAGACACUGCAAUAACCCCAAGCCUCAGUACGGCGGCAAGUUCUGCCCAGGGCCCAGCCGCACUUACCAGCUGUGCAGCAUUAACCCUUGCGACGAGAACAGCUUGGAUUUCCGGGCCCAGCAGUGCGCCGAGUACAACAGCAAGCCCUUCCGGGGCUGGUUCUACAAGUGGAAGCCUUACACGAGAGUGGAAGAGGAAGAUCGGUGUAAACUCUACUGCAAAGCUGAGAACUUUGAGUUCUUUUUUGCAAUGUCUGGCAAGGUGAAAGAUGGAACGCCCUGCUCCCCGAACAAGAAUGAUGUUUGUAUUGAUGGGAUUUGCGAACCAGUGGGAUGUGAUCACGAACUUGGCUCCAAAGCAGCCUUGGACGCAUGCGGUGUUUGCAAAGGAGAUAAUUCAACCUGCAAGUUUUACAAAGGUCUGUUCCUCAGCCAGCAUAAAGCCAACGAAUAUUACCCGAUGGUCACCAUCCCAGCAGGGGCCCAAAGCAUUGAAAUCCAGGAGCUGCAGCCUUCUUCCAGCUACCUCGCCGUUCGCAACCUCAGUCAGAAGUAUUACCUCACAGGGGGCUGGAGAGUCGACUGGCCUGGAGAAUUCACCUUCGCUGGGACCACAUUUGAGUACCAGCGUCCCUACAACCGCCCAGAACGUCUGUACGCACCAGGACCCACCAAUGAGACUCUGGUCUUUGAGGUCCUGAUGCAAGGCAAAAAUCCCGGGGUUGCUUGGAAGUAUGCGCUUCCGAAGGUCAUGAAUGGAACCCAGACAGUGGCAGCAAGACACGUCUACGCCUGGAACACGGUGCAGUCGGAUUGCUCUGUGUCCUGUGGUGGAGGUUACGCAAAUAUCAAGGCCAUCUGCUUAAGGGAUCAAAAGACCCAAGUCAGUUCUUUAUUUUGCAAUGCGAAGGCCAAGCCAGCCACCGAACCCAAAAUAUGCAAUGCUUUCUCCUGCCCUGCCUAUUGGAAGCCAGGUGAGUGGAGCAUGUGCAGCCGACCCUGCGCGGGUGGCCAGCAGAGCCGGAAGGUCCAGUGUGUCCAGAAGAAGCCCUUCCAGAAGGAGGACACGGUGCUGCACUCCCUCUGCCCAGUGAGCACACCCACUCAGGUUCAAGUCUGCAACAGCCAGGCCUGCCCUCCAGAGUGGAGUCUGGGGCCCUGGUCUCAGUGUUCCAAGACGUGUGGGCGAGGAGUGAAGAAGCGAGAAGUCCUGUGCAGAAGUUCUGCUGCAGCCGACCCCCUCCCCGAGAGCGCCUGCGCCAGCAUCCCAAAGCCAGAGUCACAGGAGGGCUGUGUGCUGGGACGGUGCCCCAAAAACACCCGGCUGCAGUGGGUCGUCUCCUCGUGGAGUGAGUGCUCCACAACCUGUGGUGCAGGUGUGAGGAAGCGAGACGUGAAGUGCAGCGAGAAGGUCUUCCCGGGAAAGCUCAUCACCUUCCCAGAGCGCCGGUGCCGCAACCUGAAGAAACCCAGUGUGAACUUGAAGGAAGCCUGCAACCCGGGGGCCUGUCCUGCCCGCCCUGUGUACAACCUGGUAGCCGAGUGGUACACGUCACCAUGGCAACGGUGCACGGUGACCUGCGGAGGCGGGGUCCAGACACGGUCCGUCCACUGCGCCCAGCAAGGCCGGCCCGCCUCCAGUUGUCUCGUGCAUCAGAAGCCCCCAGCACUGCGAGCCUGUAACACAAACUUCUGUCCAGCUCCUGAAAAGAAAGAGGACCCAUCCUGUGUCGAUUUCUUUAGUUGGUGCCGCCUCGCUCCUCCACAUGGUGUCUGCAACCACAAAUUCUAUGGCAAGCAUUGCUGCAGGUCGUGCACAAGGAAGAGCUGA